CAAGUGAUCAUCCCGAAACUCAACGGCUCACUGGUCGUGCAAGGCUACACGAGUGACACCACGUCGUACGCAGCCAAUGAGGACAUCCCUCCAACGAUCUACCAGCAUCGCAACGAACUCACCACCACGCUGCGCCUCGGGACGGACAACGUCAAGGUCUACAACCUCAAUGUUGCGAACAUGGCAGGCAAGAUCGAGAGAGGCGGGCAGGCGCUCGCCGUCUCAGUUGUCACCACCAACUCCGGAGUUUACGCAUGUGCUAUCAUAUGGGUAAUAAUGCUAAAACUUUUAUUUUAUCAGGAUACGCUGUAUGCGAACAAGGGCGCCAAUCUGUAUGCCAAGUCGUACAUCAGCGGUGCCAUAGACUUCAUCUUCGGCCAGGUCGCGAAUGCGUGGUUCGAAUCGUGCGACAUCGUGGCUCUCGAUGAGGGUCAUUUCACCGCAAAUGGCCGAAACUCCGAUACCAACCCGUCGACGUUCGUCUUCAAUAACGCGCGCGUGUCCGGCUUGGCUGCUCCUGGAACGGUUUACCUCGGUCGCCCAUGGCAGCCUUACGCUCGGGUCAUCUUUCAGAACAGUGAGCUCAGCGAGGUUAUUAAUCCUGCUGGCUGGGAGUUGUGGGAGGACAACAACACCGCAAACGUUUACUUCAGGGAGUGCAACAAUAGCGGGGUUGGUGCCGCUACUGAAAAACGAGUGGAUUUCAGCGGAAUGUUGGCGAAGCCUGUGACGAUCGCGGAGGUCCUUGGCGAGAAGUUCAAGAGUGAGUGGUGGGUUGACACCA